GGUGUACAUUCAAUUAAGCGAUAAGAAGGACCGCGAGCAAGCAAAUUUAAGCAAGGAAAAGAUCUGAAACAAGUUGUGACGUUGGGUUUUCUUUAUCGCCAUUUUAUUCAAUAUGCCGUUCAAAGCCGUGUGUGUUCUAAAUGGCGAAGUUAAGGGGACAAUUUUUUUCGAACAGGCUAUUGAUUCGGAUCCAGUCAAAGUCACCGGCACGGUAACUGGUUUGAAGCCUGGCGACCAUGGCUUCCACAUUCAUGAAUUUGGAGAUAACACAAACGGAUGCAUGUCUACGGGUGCCCACUUCAAUCCUAAUGGUAAAACACACGGUGCUCCGAACGCUGAAGAACGUCACGCUGGAGAUAUGGGUAACAUUGUAGCCGAUGCCAGCGGUGAAGCCAAGGUGGAUCUUACGGUUAGCCAAAUUGCUCUGAGUGGAGCAAUGAACGUCGUUGGCCGUUCGUUAGUAGUUCACGCUGAUCCUGAUGAUCUAGGGCUAGGAGGACACGAACUCAGCAAAACCACAGGGAAUGCCGGUGCCCGGCUGGCUUGUGGUGUGAUUGGGCUAUGCAAAAUGUAAUCCAUCUUUGAUAAUUUUGUGUUUGUGCGUAGCACGUAUAAACAAUAUCUACUAUUUUUGUGGUGUUCUAUAGAACUUUCCAAACUUGUCUUUCAUCUGCCGAGAUGUUAAAAUGUUUUUAAUUUUAUCACUAGAGGAUUGGGUUACACUUACAUUACAAAAAGAGAAAAUUAAUAAAUGUAUCAAAAUCCAGCAUUCAUGUUGAAAUCAACUCA